AUGCCUAAGACUCCAAGCCAUAAACUCGAUCCAAGUAUUCUCACCUUAUUCGGCAAUGCUGCCGCUGGGCACGAGGGCGUUCUCUCAGACCCAAGUGGCGAACUCAUUAUCAAGCCUUGUACACCUGCCGAGGUAGCAUUCUACGAAGCUGUGCGUGCGUCUCGUCCAGAGCUGCUUCCUUUCCUCCCAACAUUCUAUGGCACAUUGGCCCUGAAUGGCCCAGCAGAAGCUGUACCGGAGACCACCGGUGGGUUAGAUACUACACCGACUGUCAUGCCUGUCGAGGAUGGCACGGCAGCGUCGUUGUCAGCGAAUGAUGUCGGUCCUAUGCAUGGCAAGAAACUGUCCACAGAUGUGAGCAUUGUGCUGGAGAACACAACCGCGGGAUUUAAGAAGCCGAAUGUACUUGAUAUCAAGCUGGGUAGGCAGCUGUAUGAGGAUGAUGCCCGGCCCGAGAAGAAAGCUCGGCUGGACAAGGUCGCCGGCGAGACUACGACUGGCUCACUGGGCUUUCGCGUUGCUGGUAUGAGGGUAUGGCAAGGUACCGAAGAAGCUGCUAUGGGGCCGAAUGACGAAGGACUCAUGGAAGUUGACUCCGCCACAAACUAUAAGGUGUACAACAAGCUCUACGGCAGACAAUUUUCGGCUGAAAAUGUAACGAGGGCUUUCGAAGAAUACCUCCUUGUUCCAAGCGCAGGCAUGGAUAGCGCACGAGCCUUGGCCGUUACAAAACAGCUUAGAAAAGACGUGGAAGACAUUAUUAAGAUUUUCGAAACGCAAGAAAGCAGGAUGUUUUCAGCUAGCAUAUUAUUCGUCUACGAAGGUGACCCAGAAGCAUACGACCAAGCAGCAAGAGCUAUCUCCGAAAUCAUGGAGAAAAGACUCCUUGCAGAUGAGACAGGUGAGGACGAAGAUGAGGACGAGGAAGACGAUGAACUGGAAAUACCAAAGCUCGUCUCCACGAAGCUGAUCGAUUUUGCCCACGCGUCAUUCAAGCCUGGAUCUGGGCCAGAUGAGAACUCACUUUUUGGCAUGAGGAAUACUGUCAAGGUUCUAGGUGAUCUUGAGCGUCAAUUCGAAGUUCCAGUGUAA